GCACGUGCCCUAUAAGUGGGCUGCCCGCGGCGCCGGCCGCUAGUGCCGAGAUGGGGGCGUUGGGCUGCGUCGUGCGCGCGAGCGCCCUGCUGCUGCUGUGCGGGGCGCUGACAGGGAUCCUCCUGCCGCCGCCCGCGCGGGCCGCCGCCGCCGUCAUCUCGCCAAAAUGCUACUUGUAUGGUUUGCCUGGAUGUCCAAAGAACUUUAAUCCGGUUUGUGGGACUGAUGGGCACACGUAUCCAAACGAGUGUGCACUUUGCCUUUCAAACAGGGAAAAUAGGAGGGAUGUCAAAAUUAGCUGGAAGGGAUACUGCUAAUAUGAUAGUAUUAAACUUUGAAGAAUAUGGAACAGAUGAAAGCCAAUCUGAAGAGGAAACAAUGUCUUAAAUCUGCCUUCUAAGUAGCUUAGUCUAAUUAAAUAAAAUGCCUAUUUUGCUCUUAUACCACUUUUGAAUACACCUAAUACCAUUAUUUUGUUAAAAUAGUAUUAAUGUUUAUGAAUGAACCUGUAAGAUUCAUUUAUAUGCUCAGUCUAUAUAUUUGGGGCGGGGG